CUGUUUCUCUGUCACCAUGUCUCUCUGAGUCUGCACAGGAAGCACGCAGCUAUGGUCUGAGGUGAUUGGUACCGGAAACAUUGAUGCUUGCAUAAAUUUAAUAAAGAAUAACACACAUUGUUGUCUUUGUCAUUAACCUUGUGUCUCCCUGUUUCUGUCUUGAACCUGAUUCUUUCUUCUUAUCUCCUUCCUGUGUCCAGCUCAAGACUCCCACCACUACCCAGGACCAACUCCUGCCCCUGAAUCUUCUGAUGGGCCCCACAAGGUACUUGGAGGAAAACUACUGGCCUAGGUCGUCUCCUCUAAUUUCCUGCCUUGCCGGCCAUGCAGCCCUGCUGACCACAUCCUCUCUCAUGUUACUUACAUACUUCCUCACCAGACACCACCAGGAGUUCUCAGCCCCCAAAACCUGUCACCGAUCCUCACCAGGCUGUUUGCUCUACCCUCUCCCCCAACUCAAGGGCUCCCGUCCUCACCUCCCCGCAACACUGCUCCUAGAACCAUGUCUCUCUCCUUGGAGACAGCCAGGCCUAUUCCCUUCUGGGUCUCCAGUGUCCCUUUUUCCCACAGAUGACAGUGCUGGCUACAAUGCUAUCCAGCCGGUGGUGGCCAAGUUCCUGGGGGAUCCUAGGGCUGGGCCCCCGAAGCCCUCCUCAGGGAUCCCAGCUCUGUGCCCUCUAUGCCUUUACUUAUACUGGGGCAGAUGGCCGGCAGGUGUCUCUGGCUGAAGGGGACAGGUUCCUACUGCUUCGAAAGACCAACUCCGACUGGUGGUUGGCAAGACGCCUAGAAGCUCCCUCCACCUCUCGACCCAUCUUCGUCCCAGCAGCCUAUAUGAUAGAGGAAUCCAUCCCUUCCCAGACUCCAACUACCGUCAUCCCCGGCCAAUUGCUCUGGACUCCUGGGCCAAAGUUGUUUCAUGGUUCCCUGGAGGAGUUGUCUCAGGCCCUCCCAAGCAGGGCUCAGGCUAGCUCGGAGCAGCCUCCUCCACUUCCCCCCAAAAUGUGUAGGAGCGUCAGCACUGACAAUCUGAGGCCCAGCCUUCUGAAGCCUUUCCAGGAAGGACCAAGUGGAAGAUCCCUCUCCCAGGAAGACUUGCUGUCAGAAGCCAGUGCCAGCACAGCAGGCCCCCAGCCCCUCAUGUCAGAGCCCCCUGUGUACUGUAACCUGGUGGACCUUCGCCUCUGUCCUCGGUCCCCACCCCCAGGCCCUGCAUGCCCCCUGCUGCAGAGGCUGGAUGCCUGGGAGCAGCACCUGGACCCCAACUCUGGACGCUGCUUCUACAUAAAUUCACUGACUGGCUGCAAGUCCUGGAAGCCCCCGCGCCGCAGUCGCAGCGAGACGAACCCUGGCUCCAUGGAGGGGACACAGACCCUGAAGAGGAACAAUGAUGUCCUGCAACCUCAGGCAAAGGGCUUCAGAUCUGACACAAGGACCCCAGAACCUCUUGACCCACAGGGUUCACUCAGCCUCAGCCAACGCACCUCGCAGCUUGAUCCUCCAGCCUUGCAGGCCCCUCGACCUCUGCCGCAGCUCCUGGACGACCCCCAUGAGGUGGAAAAGUCGGGUCUGCUCAACAUGACCAAGAUUGCCCAAGGGGGGCGCAAGCUCAGGAAGAACUGGGGCCCGUCUUGGGUGGUGUUAACGGGUAACAGCCUGGUGUUCUACCGAGAGCCACCGCCGACAGCGCCCUCCUCGGGCUGGGGGCCAGCGGGUAGCCGGCCGGAAAGUAGCGUGGACCUGCGCGGGGCGGCUCUGGCGCACGGCCGCCACCUGUCCAGCCGCCGCAACGUCCUGCACAUCCGCACGGUCCCUGGCCACGAGUUCCUGCUGCAGUCGGACCACGAGACAGAGCUGCGAGCCUGGCACCGCGCGCUGCGGACUGUCAUCGAGCGGCUGGAUCGGGAGAACCCCCUGGAGCUGCGUCUGUCGGGCUCUGGACCCGCAGAGCUGGCGGAGCUGAGCGCCGGGGAGGACGAAGAAGAGGAGUCGGAGCCGGUGUCCAAGCCGUUGCUGCGCCUCAGCAGCCGCCGGAGCUCCAUUCGGGGGCCCGAAGGCACCGAGCAGAACCGCGUGCGCAACAAACUAAAGCGGCUCAUCGCGAAGAGACCGCCCUUACAAAGCCUACAGGAGCGGGGUCUGCUCCGAGAUCAGGUGUUCGGCUGCCAGUUGGAAUCACUCUGCCAGCGGGAAGGAGACACGGUGCCCAGCUUUGUGCGGCUCUGCAUUGCUGCUGUGGAUAAAAGAGGUCUAGAUGUGGAUGGCAUUUAUCGGGUGAGCGGGAACUUGGCAGUGGUCCAGAAGCUUCGCUUUCUGGUGGACAGAGAGCGUGCGGUCACCUCCGAUGGGAGGUAUGUGUUCCCAGAACAGCCAGGACAAGAAGGUCGGCUAGAUUUGGACAGUACUGAGUGGGAAGACAUUCAUGUGGUCACCGGAGCCCUGAAGCUUUUUCUCCGGGAGCUGCCUCAGCCUCUGGUGCCAUCACUGCUGCUGCCCCAUUUCCGUGCUGCCCUUGCACUCUCCGAAUCAGAGCAGUGCCUCUCUCAGAUACAAGAAUUAAUAGGCUCAAUGCCAAAACCCAACCAUGACACUCUACGGUACCUCCUGGAGCAUUUAUGCAGGGUGAUAGCACACUCAGAUAAGAAUCGCAUGACACCCCACAACCUGGGAAUUGUGUUUGGACCAACCCUGUUUCGGCCAGAGCAGGAGACAUCUGACCCAGCAGCCCAUGCUCUCUACCCAGGGCAGCUGGUCCAGCUGAUGCUCACCAACUUCACCAGCCUCUUCCCCUGACGCAGGGAAGGAAGAAGAGAAAACAUAUUUCCAGUCAUCUCUGGUGGUGAGAGGCUGGUGUUCUGUUUUGAGGACAUCCCUUUAAAUCUCCCAAAUGACUGUCUCUAUCUUCAUGAGUGUGACUUGAGGUGUUGGGAUGGGUGAGGGAGCUUCCUUUAAGAGGAAAGUGAGUGGAUUAACCCCUGCUUCUCUCCUUGUUCCCUGUUAUCAUUCCUCCCCAACAUAAUAAUACAUAAAGCGGCAUGUUAUUUUUU